AGCAGGGCCCGCCACUCUUGCUUCGCAGUGUGCCAGCCCAAGAUCAUCGCACUGGCCCCUUCUAUUGCAACUUCUCCUCUCACAGACGGGGACUCAAAUCAUUUGGAUCGACUAUCACAUCGUCGCUCAAACCGAAGACUACCAAAUCCGUCGCCCUAUAUCAUCCUUUCAACUGAACUUCCAUCUCUGAUCUUACCAGCAUCUCCCGCCACCACAAUUGAACAUUCCUUUGCCUUCAAGUCCUGGUGCCACCACUGUCUGCAUAUCCACUCACAUCUUCACCACUGCAAUACGACACUGCACCAUCUGCAUCGGCCCAGAACCCUGUCGUCCCGUGCCAGUGUCAUAAGCGGUCGAUUCUGCCAACCAUCCCACAUCCGCAACUCAACUCGUCCUUCCCCUGCCCCUUGCGCUGACAUGGCUUAACACAAGACUAUUACACCGUCAAGAGCAGAGGCUUCGCCUGUUCGUCUUCGCAUCAUUUUCCGCGCCUUCCUCCCGUCGAUCCAAUCCCUCAGAACGCUUCUGACAAACUGCGCCGGAUGCAAGACGUCACUCGUCACUACAACGACGAGAUGGAUUUCGACGAUGAAAAUCACCCCAUGUCUCUCGACAGACCACUCUCGCCUACUCCCUCGAGGUCUGUCUCGAUAGAUCCUACUCGGCUGGCCAGUCGCUUCAACAAUGCCAGAUCGUCAAUGGAACAAGAGAGCGCAUUCCCAUUCCCUCCCUCCCAACCUAUACCGAUCGAUCCGAUACGUGCUUCAAAGUCUCGUCAUAGUAUAUCGCAAGUACGGCCGAAACGCCUUUCAACAACGAAUAAAGCAGGCAUGCCUUUGAGCAUCCUGCCGUCUGCUCCAGCAUCUCCUCCUACUCCUGCACCUUCUCCCACACCGUAUCAACGUGCUCCUAGUUGGACAUCUGCAGGCGAAAAUGAAGAUGCCUUUCUUCGGGAUGCCAGGGGGCAUUUUGCGAGUUUGAAUGCCGCGGAAAGAGAACGAUACUUGGCUGAGUUACUUAACAUGUGUGACAGUCAUCUGUUGAGUUUUGUCCACCAUUUCGUCUCUCCUAGACUGAAAAAAGAUCCUUUUGAGCAUCUGCCCGACGAAUUGUGUCUAAGAGUUCUUUCGUAUAUCGACGAUCCACUCAGUCUAGCCCGGGCGUCCCAAGUCUCACAUCGGUGGCAUAAGCUUUUGAUUGAUGAUAUGCUGUGGAAGAGAAUGCUUGACAAACAAAAUUGGCGGAAAGCGUCUUCCAGUUCGAUCGAUGAGAUGGAAUCUCUAUCUCUACCACGGUCCGCUCAUGGCCCAUACAGCUAUAGUCGAUCACCGAAACGGAGUCUCGAUGGUUCGAUUGUAGGCCCAUCGAGCAGCGCACCAAAUUUGACACUCCCCGGCUCGAGUAGUCUCUCGUCCAGUCCACGAGCAAAGAAACGACAGUCUCAAUCUCAUUAUUCUCACUUCAGACACAAAUACCUAAUCGAAGCAGCAUGGAGAAAGGGAGGCCACAGUAUCAUCAAACACAUUACUCCUGAUCAAGGAGUAGUGACCAGCCUGCAUUUGACUUCUAAAUAUAUUGUCGUGGCCAUGGACAAUGCCAAAAUUCACGUUUUCAAUACUGUUGGCGAGCAUCAAAAGACAUUAAAAGGUCAUGUUAUGGGAGUAUGGGCCAUGGUUCCAUGGGAUGAUAUUCUUGUCAGUGGUGGAUGUGACCGUGAUGUUCGGGUUUGGGAUAUGUCUAGCGGGAGAAGUAUUCACACGCUAAGGGGUCAUACUUCAACUGUUCGUUGCCUGAAAAUGUCAGACGCCAAUACUGCUAUUUCCGGUUCGAGGGAUACGACAUUGCGGAUAUGGGAUUUGCCCACGGGGAUGUGCAAAAAUGUCCUUGUUGGUCAUCAAGCAAGUGUGCGUUGCCUCGCAAUUCAUGGAAACCUUGUCGUUUCUGGUAGUUACGACACUACGGCACGGAUCUGGAGUAUUUCAGAAGGACGUUGUCUGCGCACACUUACCGGCCACUUUAGCCAAAUCUACGCCAUUGCUUUUGAUGGGAACCGCAUUGCUACUGGCAGUCUCGAUACUAGCGUCCGAGUCUGGGAUCCAAAGACCGGCAUGUGUACUGGCCUCCUGCAGGGACACACCUCGCUUGUCGGACAACUCCAGAUGCGAGGCGAUACACUCGUCACCGGUGGAUCAGACGGAUCUGUUCGAGUGUGGUCAUUGGUAACGGGUUCAGCAAUUCAUCGACUGGCUGCUCACGAUAAUAGUGUUACCAGUCUGCAGUUCGAUGAUAACCGGAUCGUCAGUGGUGGUAGCGAUGGGCGCGUCAAGAUCUGGAAUGUUGAGACCGGUCACUUGGUGCGUGAACUAAGCCAGCCUGCCGAGGCUGUCUGGAGAGUUGCUUUCGAGGAAGAGAAGGCGGUCAUUAUGGCUAGUCGAUCAGGUCGUACGGUCAUGGAGGUUUGGUCCUUCUCACCUCCUGAUGAGCAAUACGAUGCCCGUCGGCCUGAAAGCCCGAUUAGCCUACCUGAACAGACACCAAGUACGGCAGGGGACGAUGAUACGCUGCAUUCCGACCACGAUGUUGAGGAUGGCGACGCCGCCAUGAACGACGUGUAGUGCAUCUUGGACCGGCAUGACCGAAUAUAUUAAUCGAACAGAUUCGCAACCUGCACUUGCUCAGCACAUGCAUGCCGUUGUUCCGCCCAAGUCUCCUUCAUAGGAUUGUAUUCUCAGGGCAACGACGCAGUGCCCGCAGCAAGCAUGCAUUGAUAUCUAAUGAACUAUGUUUAUUGAUACCCAGACUCACAAACCGCAGUAUUCAGCAUGAAAUAUUGUAUGAAGAAGUACGAGGGAAUGACGACUUGAUCACAUUCAUCUUACCCUCGCAAGGGAUCAUGGCCGAGGAGGCGGCCGCCCUAGCACGUUGUUUAAUGUAUUGAAGGUGCAUUCUCGUUUGAGACGCUGCAUUUGAGGAUUUAUCUUGGAGCAUGGAGCCAGGGUGUUGCGAGUUGUUCUUCAACAAAUGAAGACGAUCCGAUGGUCUUUGGGCCCCCAUUCAGGAACGACUGGACGUGAACGCAGAAGAUGAAUUGAAUCUAAUCGUCAGCCAUACGAAAGAGGAUGUGUUUCGUGUGGACGAUGCCACGCCUGGUCACCCGCACAUUUAUAUCACAGUAUCCGGUAGCCAAGUCGCCAGUCGUACCGGCGAAGGAAAGCAAGCCCGCUAGCACAUGAAUUGUAUAUAUAUAUAUGACGUGCUAGUGUGCUCUUGGUGUCGAGUACGAUAUAAUAAUUUCAAGAUCAUGGACUCAAGUGAGUCGUCACUCUGUAUACUUAUCGACGGUCUUUUAUUUUUGAUGAAGAAUAAAUAUAUUUGGUGAUGUCGAGGUUGAAUUGUUUUAAAAAAUUACCAGACAUGAUAAGAGUACAAGCCUCUACUAGAU